AUAAACAUAACAUAACACCCAUUCCACGGCUUUAAUAGCAGAGCCAAAGAGAGAAUAAAAACGCAGAAAAGGAAUGAGAAAAACACGUGAAGCCGAAAUCCCUGAAAUUAAGCUUAGCAUAUUCAUCCUAUCGAGUUUAUUACUCAAUUUCAUAAUCUAGUCCAUUCUAUGCUAUUCCCAAAUUUUCAAAUCCAAAACAUUGGUAUAAUUGGGACUAACUGAUAUGGCGAAAGGGAACCCUCCUACGACGUCGUUUCAUGAAUUGAAGCCAGAACAAUACGCACACAGUCCAGUUCACUACGCCGUUGCAAUUGGAAACCGCGCCGCACUUUCUAGAAUUAUCUCGUCCCUUCCGCGUUUCCCUGACCCCACUCAAAUUCACACUGAGUCUGACUCGCUCGCUCAGGAACGAGUUGCUGAUCAAAUCUCCGCCGUGCUUGAUCGACGCGAUGUUCCCUUGAGGGAAACGCCUCUCCACCUUGCCGUUCGUUUAAAUGAUAUUUCCGCUGCUAAAUCCCUCGCCUCCGCCGGUGCCGACGUGUCUCUUCAUAAUGCCGCCGGUUGGAACCCUCUUCAGGAAGCACUAUGUCGACGCGCGACGGAAAUCUCGGCGGUUCUUGUCCGCCAUCAUCAGCGCUCCGCUUGGAUAAAAUGGCGUCGCCGUCUUCCUCGUCUAGUCGCUGUGCUCCGCCGUAUGCGUGAUUUCUACAUGGAGAUCUCAUUCCACUUCGAGAGCUCCGUCAUUCCUUUCGUUGACAUGUUUGCUCCUUCUGACACCUACAAAAUCUGGAAACGCGAUGGUAACCUACGCGCGGAUACUUCACUCGCCGGAUUCGAUGGUUUCAAGAUCCAACGCGCCGAUCAGAGCUUCCUCUUCCUCGGUGACGGAGACCACGCGCACGCCGUCCCCUCAGGAUCUUUGCUAGUCCUCAACCGCGACGAUCGGAAAAUCUUCGACGCAUUUGAAAAUGCCGGAGCUCCGAUGAGUGAUUCCGACGUUGCCGGAUUAUGUUCACAGACGAGCAUGUACCGACCUGGAAUGGACGUUACGAAGGCAGAACUCAUCGGAAGGAAGAAUUGGAGAAAACAAGAUAAGACGGAGAACGUUGGAGAAUGGAAGGCGAAGGUUUACGAAGUGCAAAACGUGCUUUUCAGUUUCAAGUCAAGAAAAGUUGCCGCCGGUGAAUCAAGUAGCGAGCAAGUUAUACCGUUGGAAUUAGACGAGGACGAAGACGGUUUUCUUGUGGCCGAGAAUCCAAGUUUUGGAAUGCCGUUAGGUUCCGACAAAAGAAGACACAGUAGCUUCGUUCGAGAAGAUAGAGAGUGGGUCCCACUGGGAAGAAAAAGCGUGGACGUUCCUUCAUCGAUGAUUCCACCGCAUAGAAAGUCUUCUGCAACGGUUAGAUUGGCGCAGCCUACGCCACUUCCACCACCGGCGAAGGAGAAGGAGUAUUUGAAGAGUUUACGGCCGUCGGUAUGGUUGACGGAGCAAUUUCCGUUGAAAACGGAGGAGCUGUUGCCGCUUCUCGACAUUCUGGCAAACAAGGUGAAAGCAGUGAGAAGGAUGAGAGAUUUGCUCACGACGAAGUUCCCGCCGGGAACUUUUCCGGUUAAGGUGGCAAUUCCAGUGGUCCCUACGGUAAGGGUGGUGAUCACGUUCACAAAGUUCGUGGAGCUUCAACCAGUUGAGAAAUUCUAUACACCGUUUACGAGUCCUAGACAUUUAACAGCUGAAGAUGAAGCUGAGAAAAAUCCAGAAAACCGUCACUCUUCAUUUUCAUCUUCAUGGUUGAGACGAAACAAUAGUCAAUCAGGGACUUCAAGGAGUAAUAAGCAGCAACAACGAUCCUCUUCUGGGGCAUUUGAUUUAGAUCCUUUUGUUAUUCCUGAGGGAUAUACAUGGAGCAAUAGUAGUGGGGAUAGUAGUAAUAAUAAGUCAAAGAAAAUGAACAAGUCCAAGUCUGUGAGAAAGAUCCAAGUGAAAAUUUCACAGUGACAAAGGAAGCAUAAUAACCAAUCAAGAGCUAUUCCAUUAGACAUAAUGUAGAUAUAUCCCCGUUUAAUUUUUAUUUUGUUAUUAUUAUUUAAAUCAACUGGGGGCUUUUUGAUAAUUGUGUUCAUAUACUUAAUAGAAGGGAAUUUCGCAGCAAAUUGAAUGAUUGAAGAGUACUAACAACUGUACUUUGCUCACAGUUUUGUUUAUAUAUUUAUAUUACAUUACAUUUUAUAGAAAUUUUUAUGGUUUAGCUUUUGAUUUGUGGACUGGAGCUCUGGGAGAAGAGUAAAGAUUCAAAUGUUGGAGCUAAUUUUUGGCCAAGACAGGAAUGUACCAAAGACCACAUUGGAAUUUUUUGUUACCUUUACCUUUAAUUAUUAAAUCUAGGCCAAAUUGAAUUGAAUAGAGUACAAGUACCUACUUUGCACCUCUUUCCACACGAGAAAUCAUGUCACCCAUAAUUCUAAUCAACUUUUAUUUCA